GUGACGCCAUCAUCAAUCCCGUCCGAAAGGUCGUCGCCGUGGAAACGGACCUAACGAGUCCAUUGAAAUCAUGUACAAAACAUCGCCGGUCAUUAUACAUUCGAUCGAAAAUUCUACAGUUCUGCCAUAAUCCUCUGUACAACAUGGGUGACAAUGACCCAGAUAAAGGCAAACUUGUCUCUGAGAAUAACAAUGUUACGUACUAUGAAACAGAAGAUGAUGAAGAGGAGGUGACAAGAGAGGAUAAAAUGGGAUUUUCUGGUAGAAAUGGCCUGGUAUCUCCUUCCUCUGGGACCGUUUAUGAUCGGACAACUGUGCUGAUAGAACAGGACCCAAUUGGCUUAGAGGAGGAUGAGGAUGAAGACGAAGGCGAAAACAAUAAUAACUUGGUGUCAUUUUUAUCUGGAAGCGGAGAGGACAACUUUUAUUUGAUCUCAGAUCCUGAUGGAAUGUCACAGGGUUAUGUCCAUCACACCAUUUCUCCUGAUCAGAUUCAGUUCACUAUCAAUCCUGGAUCCACGCCUAUGCCCAGGAACAUAGAAGGCGCCACACUCACCCUGCAGUCAGAGUGUCCAGAAACAAAGGUUAAAGAGGUGAAACGAUACCAGUGCACGUUUGAAGGCUGUCCGCGCACAUACAGCACGGCAGGAAACCUGCGGACACAUCAGAAGACUCAUCGUGGUGAAUACACGUUUGUUUGUAAUCAGCAGGGCUGUGGCAAGGCCUUUCUCACAUCUUACAGCCUGAAAAUCCAUGUCAGAGUCCACACCAAGGAAAAGCCGUUUGAGUGUGAUGUGCAGGGUUGUGAAAAAGCAUUUAACACACUCUAUCGGCUGAAAGCCCAUCAGCGGCUUCACACAGGGAAAACAUUUAACUGUGAAUCAGAAGGCUGCACUAAGUACUUUACCACACUCAGUGACCUGAGGAAGCAUGUACGGACCCAUACAGGAGAGAAGCCAUUUAGGUGUGAUCAUGAUGGCUGUGGGAAGGCCUUUGCUGCUAGUCACCAUCUCAGAACGCACGUCAGAACACAUACAGGUGAGCGACCGUUCUUGUGCCCUAGUGAUGGCUGUGAGAAGACUUUCAGUACGCAGUAUAGUCUUAAAAGCCACAUGAAGGCUCAUGACAAAGACAAUCCGUUUAUCUUGCUGAAUCAGAGUUCCACGAAUGAGGAGACAAGCCAGUCACUUUGUCGAAGUGAUUUGAGCUUGAUGUCUACAGAUUCGGAACUCCGAGAAAGUACACAGUUGACUUCAGGACGGGAUCUAAGCACUAUUUCAGCAGAAAGCAUAUUUGAAUCCAUGUUUAACAAUAUCGAUAGCUGUACCAACCAUGAUGGCUCUCAGCAGGCAGAUGGAAUGAUUGGAAUACCUGGGACAUAUAGCAGCGAUGCGCAGCCUGCAGCCAUUGUUAACACUGCUCUAGGAGAUUCUGGAUCGCUGUUGUCUUUUCCCAUCCCUCUUCAAACCAUGGCACAGUCUAAUGUUGAGAACCAUUCCCAGCAAGCAUCAGGCCUCCUCUCCACUUCAUUAGAUGAUUUGGCUACUAACUCUCCUCAGACGUCAUUUGGGAAUCCCACCAGUAUUUUACAGACAUCACAAGUGCCUGUCCCGGCCAUGACGCAAUUUUCAACUAGUCAGCAAGAAUUCAGUCAGCCUACUCCAACGUCACCACCACCAACUCAAGGAGUUCCAGUUAUGUCAAGUAAUGGCCUACCUUCAUCUGGUAACACGGAAUCAGGGCCAUCCAUGGUACAAAGUGUGCCUUUAGGUACAAACACUUCUGGUGUAACAAUUACUCCAUCACAGAGCACCACUAUUCUACAGCCCAGCAUUGUAAUGGCAGACCAGAACCUGCAGUGGAUCAUUAAUGGAGCCAGCACUGUUCAGCAAAACACAGAAAAAACACAUCAGGGGCCUAAAGUAGAAAAAGUGUUUUUUACUACAGCCAUACCAGUUGCUGGCAACACAGGAAACCCAGUGCAGCAAAUAGGUUUGAGUGUUCCUGUCAUCAUAAUCAAGCAAGAGGAGUCUUGCCAGUGCCAGUGUGCCUGCCGUGAUUCGGGGAAAGAAAAAGCCUCUGACAGCAAAGAAAAUCCAUCCUCGGAAGCCCGUUCUUCCCAGAAACUCCAUGGUCAGGAGCAGACACUGCUGUCAUCUCAGACUUUCCCUUCUAAUGCUGAUGAAAGCUGUCAGACCACACAACAGCCUUUGCAGACAGACCCUCUAACAGACUUUAACAAUAUGGAUAUGUCUGCAUUUCUUUCUCUUGAGAGUCCUGGGACCCCUUCAAAUCUCUGUGGUAUAGAGGCAAAUGAUGUUUAGGCACUGCUGCAGAAGGUGAAAGAAGAGAGAAACUUGAACAGCUUCUCCAAGUAAAGUUGCUCACUCAUGGCUGUUUCUCUGGAUUAAUUUUCAAAGGAAUUUCCAUCUUUUCCUUAUGCACGGUUUUAAAAAGAAGGCCCUGUUACACAAGUGCCGUUUACACUGAGCAUUUUGAUGCUAAAUGAAUCCAGAAAUGCUUUGUGUAAACUGAGAAAGAGAAUGCUUUGAAUCCGCAUUCAGUUCGGAGUUGAAGCUUGCAACACUUGGAAGGUUUAGUUGGACCUGGAUUGUGUUUGAUUCCUCCGCGAGCGAGAAGGGGUGCUGGGAUUGGGGUUUGUUGCACAAAACAAAUGGCAAGCAUCUGUCUUGGGUGCAAGGGCAUCCUAUCACUGUUCAGUGAAUUGAACAGUAAACUGGAUUGAGGAUUCUUCUGAGUUAGCUGCACUGUCACUGGGCAAACUGCAGGCUAGUUGGGUUUGGAUCAUUUCACUGGUUUAACAUCUGGGAGCUACUAUUCUUGGCCUGCAGAAAAUGCAAUGUUCUGAUGGGGGAGUAAAAUUGAAAAAAAGUUAUGGUGGAGCAUCCCAAUCUGUCAUCAGAGGAUCUUUUGUCGCCUUUAUCUAGCUCACUUAGAGCCCCUGCUGACCAAAUACAGAACUGCAGUACUAAUGCAUUUAGUAAGAUCUGAAUAUUUUUACACGAUCAAGUAAUAGCAAGUCUGCAAUUUACUUCUAACCCUUAACUGAAGUAAUCCCACUUCAGAUGAUAUAAAUUUAUAAGGAAAGAUUCUGGUCACUUUAGUUAUGUUUAUUUCCUGGAUAAUUAUUGGUGAAAAUCUCAGAAUACUGUUUAGGAUGGGGUCAUGUCACUGAUUUGUUUUACAAAGUACUGUGAGACUCGCUGCAGUGCUCUCUGUAAGAGCUGGAUUUGGAUCCUGCCCAGGACAUGGAAUGAGCUGCUAAUAAUGUUGAAAUGACUCCAUCUAAUUCCUGAAGAACUUAUGAUAAAAUGAAACUUCUCUUGAUUGAGCACUGAUUGGCCCAAUUUGGUAAAUCUCUCUUGGAAAAUGCUUUGGGUUUGCUGGUUUUGGAAAUGGUAAAGUUGUGCUGGUAUAGUAAGCCGCUAUGAGCUUAAUUGAGAUACGUUUAGGGUUCUUUUACUUGAGCCUUCAACUGUAUUUAUUUAACAGUGACGCAAAAGGGGAAGAAAAUGUUUUCUCACCACAUUUUAUUCAUUCUCCAGGCAUGCAGUUUCUUAAUUUAGAAACCAGAGUGGGCUGUUUGUAGUAACACAAAACCAUUCAACUGAAAAGAAAAAAAAUCUAAAACUCCUUUUUCCAAAACUAGGACAGAUCCGAGUCACUGGACCAAACUUCUGGAUGUCCCAGUGUGUCUCCGUGUUUCCCAAUGUUUCCAGCACUUAAUUGAGAAUUUAUCAAAUGAAUGAUUUAAUGUAUUGGGUGAUUUAGCAUUCUUUGCACAUUUACUGCUGUGGUACAUAAAUGCAAUGUGGCUCAGAGAUGCAUGCAUAUUAAAUAAUCAACUGCUUCCAAAUUAACACUAGUCAACUGUGUAAAGUUGCUAGUUAUGCAGAAUCCACUUGUAAACUACAGAUGAAUGUACAAUGGAACCUUUUGGAUUACAAAAUGUGGGAGUUGAAUAUAUAGGAAUAUUGUGAGAAUUAUUCGAGUGUUACGAGCCAUGACUUUAUUGGCCACUUGUAAAUGUUUACUAAAACCCACAGAUCUAGAUUUUAAUAGUUCAUUACAAUGUGUAUUUAUUUAUUAAUACUGAGGGCAUAUUUAUCACAAUCUGUUUUAGCAUCGUUCUGCUUCUGCUUUUCUCUGCAAAGCUUUGUCAAGUUGCAUUCAGAGGUUUGAAAUUUCUGGAUAAAACUGAAGAUAAUGUAUCUUCAGUGGCAUGAAUAAUGCUGCUGUGGCCCCAGUGUUUAACAAGUAAUUCUACAAACUGGUUUUGUUUGACACAACUUCAAGUUUCCUCACCUGUAUUUAUUAAGCAUUUAAUUAAAACAGUAGAAGCGUGUAAAAAAAUAAGUUCGGAUUUCAAAACACUUUAAUGUAACCUCCUGAAGUACGGUGUGAAUUAACUCUGGGUAGUUAGUUAAUGCAUUUUUUCAAACUCCAGUGCUAUAUUUGAUUCAGCCCAAAUCAGUGAGACUGAAAAUCCAAUACCUGUGGAAACUGUAAGGGCCCUUGUUGAAAUAGGUGUGGGCAGUAUUGAGAGAUGUAAGUCACAAAACACCGCUCUCUUUAAUAAACUGUUAGUGCAGCAGGUCUGGCAGUGUCUGUGGAGAGAGAUAGAGCUAAUGUUUUGAAUUCAAUAUGGCCCUUAAAAACCGAGCAUUUUCUAAUGUUCUACGAUUCUCAUUCGGCAAGACCAUAAUUACUGAAGCCGGAAGUGUAGACAUCAUUGCUCACUUGGGGUGCUUUCUACAUGCCUGUCAUAAAGCAACUACGGUUUGAAGGUAGAUUCCCUCUGCACAUACCCACGCUGUAAUAGAACAGAGCCGUGGAUGUUGGAAUCUGAAACAAAAACAGAAUUGCAGAGGGUUUCAAGGAAGAGUCACUGAACUCAGUGUUAACUCUCCUUUCUAUCCACAGAUGCUGCCAGACCUGAGUUUUGCCAGCAAUUUCUUUUUAUUGUCCAUGCUUUACAUCCCCACCUGAGAGUGGCAAGUAAUGCAAUAGAUUGUUUCAGCUUAUUACUAGUAGCUGUCCGUAAAUUGGUGAGAUUUGAAAUUGUGAUUUGAGAAGAGGGAGAAAAGUUGUUCUUGGUGCAUUUUAUUUCAGGAAUAGGAAAGUAGAAAAGUAAUGCAGCAUCCAUCGAUUGGCACUAAAAAGGAAGGUGAGUGUGGAAGUCUUACUUGAAAACGAGGUACAUCAGUUCUGUGAUGUCAGUAUUGGUAAUAGAGGUAUUAUCAUAGCAUUACUCAGGUUUUCACUUCAUGAAGGAGAUAGUAGGACUAGAGAUUGGAUUAAAUAUUCAGAACUAGUGUCAAGUGCUUGUUUAGUUUCAUGGUACAGGUAGUAUCACGGAGCUGCUGUUUGUCACCUCUUAAAUCUAUUUAGUUGUUUAAAGAAAUUUGUCUUCUGCUAACUUCAAGCUGUGUUUGUGCUGGAAAAAGAUGGAUUUAUCCAGUAUUUUGAAUUAAGCAAUGUUCUUAAGACUGAAGUGAAAAUUCAGAAUUGAGCGGAUUGUAAUUUGGAGAAAUUUUUAAACCAAUUGGUUAAAGUUAUUUCUUUCAUGAUAAAUUUGUGCAAUAGGAACAGUUUUCUUUCCAAUUUUACUGACAAUUAAUUUUUGUAAUAAAUCUCUUGUUUCAUAGAUGCAAUAUAAAAAUAUAUUUGGAAUAUUUGCUUAAGAUUGUAAUAAACAUUGGAAAAUCCGAAAAGUUUUAUUUAAGUUUCCUAUUUAGUUUCUUAUUCAACUGUAGUUAAAUUUGUCUCAAUGUUACUGUAAUUUAUCAAGCUUCAGAUCCAAUCUUGGCACUUCUGCUAAAAUAUCCUCCCUGAAUUGAAAUCUGAAUUAAGUUUAAUUGAAAUUCCAUUCUUCAUGAAACGCAGCAGUAACUGUCCCAGAUGAUGUUUUCAUUUGUUGCUUAAUGGCUUGAAUCUAAAUUUCAUUUGCAAUUAACAACAACAAGUUUUGAGGCAAAAUAUGGAAAUAUUCCAAGAAUCUGACUUUUCCGAGUAAAAUCAGGACAAAUUACUAAAGUGUUAAAUUCCUUUAUAGGUUGAGAAGAGACUCUCAACUAAAUGAAUGGACUAGGUGUAGAGAGCUCAGUGCAUCUUAGACAUUUGUUUAUAUGUAAAUUCUGAACCGUGAUUCACCUACAACCAUAGUAUCCUGCAGUCAAAGCAAAGAGAUAAUGACUGAUACAAAAGGUUAGUUUACCCUGGAGAAUUUACAAACUUAAUCUAAUUAUGCAAUUCAGAUGAUGGUAGCAAACUAUCUGAGUUUUGGUUCCUUUGAAAUCCCUUGCUUGUAGUAAUCAGCAUCAGUUAUUACAUGCUCAUAAUAAGUGCAAACGCAUGUUUAACACACCACUAAUAGAUAAUGCGGAUGACACAGUUUCACUGCUUUUUUUUAGGUUUUGCAACUCAACCCUCUGAGUUAGGAAUUGGCUGAUUUAAGGCAUAUUUUCAGUGUUGGUAAAAAAAAGACUUGUGACAUGUAUUGGAUAAGUUGGCAGUAAGGGGUGUGCAUGUGUAACAAAUUUAGCUACAUCCCUAAUUUCAUUUUUUUGAAAUGAUAGCCAGUCUGUCAUACGCUGAAGUAUGUUGCAUCCUCCAAGUGACCAACUGAAUUAGAGUUUGUAGGUGCUUCCUAUAAUCUGUCUAUGCUAAAUGCAUUGUUAGUGGCUGCUCUGAUCACCUUCAUGACACCUUUUGAUGUGGCUCCUGUCUCCUCUGCUAAACUUCUAUUCAUUUUGGAUUUUAAAAAUAGUCAAAAUUUAAAAUGGAAAUCCAAACCUGUUUUGAAUGAACUCAGUUCUCUGGAUUUCUGACUUUAAAUUUUUGCAAGCGUUUAGAUUUGGCUGCUGCCUUUUUGUAUUAUUUCAUCUCUGGUACUGCUUGACUGGACAGCAGUACAAUGCUUUGGAAAUAAGAACUUCUGAUCUGGUUAGUUUAAUGUUUAGAAUCUUAUGGUUAGGACACCAUCUAACUACUUGAUUGAUUGAUUGUUCUAAGUCUGAAAGAACAGCUACCCACAUCUUACCUAGUAUAGGAAUAAUUGCACAGAAUUACGCAGCAAAGAGUUGUCAUUCAGUCCUUAAAGACCACAUGCUUACAGACUUAGGAAUUCGGUUCUGGAUCUGCUAACUCUAUGUACUUCUAAGAUAACAAAAAUGAUUAUCUUACCCUUUUGUUACAGGGCAGCCAGUAAGAAUUCCUAACUUGCUAGCAAUCUGGCUUUUUGUUGUGAUCCCCAUUCUGAAUCAAUUAAACUUGCAUGAGCAGAUAGUGAUGUACUAAUAUCCUCUUACUGGUUGUUGAUUUUCACUGCAGUAUGUUGGAGCAGGUCCAUGUCCGUAUAAACACUGUACUUCUGGAGGUAAUGGAAAACGUUUGCACUUGCAGUUACAUUUAUCUUGUCUGACUAGUGACUUUGAGAUCAGUACAUUUUUUAUGAAUAAUUUAUGGUAUGCUAUGUGGUAUAGGGGGCUGAGUGUUUUUAUGAUGUCCUUGAAUUUCCCUAACCCACACAUCAAAAUUCCUAAAGCAACAGACCUUUUAUCAUGGGUUAAUUCCACCUACAGCUAAAUGCAUGCCUUAAAUUCCUUUUUAUAUCUGAAGACCAUAUGAUUCCAAAGGUCAGUGGUCCUCCAGUAAUUCUCCAAAACUGACCAUUUCUGUACUCCUCUUCAGUCUGGCAAGUCUCUACACUGACUUCUGCCAGUGCAGCUGUAAAUGGUGCACUUGGGCUUUUUUCUAGAGUAACUUUGGCCAAAUACCCUCUUCACUGUUGUUCUAAUGAGACAACGCCUGAUGUCUUUCAAAUUCCUUUAGGAACCAAAGCAGCUUAAAUUGACUCUCUUCGGUGUUGAAAUCAUACUAAUAACCCAUGUAGGACCACAGAAUUCCAGUUUUGCACCAAAGUUGUUGAAUGGUAUGUGGACAGAGAUGGUGAACUUUUUAUUUUCCGUAUGUUGUCGUCAUCCAGAGUUUGAUAGUUAUCCAGUUUAUUUUGACACAAUUAAGGCAGAAACCAUAUUUUAAAUUGGCUUGGUUUUUUGGUCAGUCCUUUCUGUGGUUCAGAUGGGUAGAAGUAUAAAUGAUAGAACUUGCAUCAAUUAAAGUGUCUGAUUUGUGUGUAUGGGACAGCUCUGGUCUCAAAUAAAUAUACUUCACACUCCUUGACUUGAAAGGUGAGGUGUGCCUGGAGUGGCUUCCCUUUUAAGUGACUGGAAUAUGCAAGAUUUGGAUAAUCAGAAAUUCACAUUAUAUAGGAAUAUUCAGGGUUUACCGCAGUGUAAUGCAUUGUAUGCUGCACAGGUAAUGAGCUUUUGAAUUCAGGUCACCAGUCUCCAGCAUGUUUUUAUAAAGCAAGACUUAACGGGUGCUGGGUUUGUAUAUAGGGGAAUAAAGAAACUGGUAUUCUAAAUUUUAUUGAAAACCUUUACAAAAAAUUGACAAUCUUUCUCUAAACUUUGUCAUUUUUGGUAAUCUAAUAGGUCAGACUAUUUGGUUGUGUGCUAAGUUGAUCUAAUUUGGCUUUUAAGGACUGUUGCACCUACAAGUUAUUUAAAGUUAACUUUAAUGUAACACGACUAGAAUGGAAUGUUGUGCUCGUGAAAUUUGAAUAAUUUAUAGUUGAACUGUUUGAGGGCACUAUGAAUCUAAACACUGUCCAGCAGUGGUCUUUAUACUAGUUGAAUACCUUAACCCCCAAACCAGUUAAUAUCUUUGGGAAUAUUUGCACACACUUCAUUGAAAACUGAACAUCAACAGUACAGGAACACUUUUUGCUUGUUAUUUUCCAGACCAGAAAUAGGUGCAUUAUUAUCUAUUUACGAAUUGCCAUUGGCUUGUUGCCUGUUUGCUUAUGAUAGCAAAAUGAUUCAGACUAAUUGAUAUUUAUCAUUUGUUGCGCAUGCCAUAUGAAGGCAUGAGAAAGUAAAUCAAUUCCUUGGGUUUGAUUGCAACAAAUUUGCAGCAGUAGGUCUUUUUGGAAGCUGUUUCCAGUAUUAAAUGCGUGCCUCUCACUAACUUAAAUGUGGUUGACAAUUUUAAAUGUCAGAGUAAACUCCUGAUGUGACUUCUGAUUUGAAGUUCAAAUCACAUGGGUUUAAAGUGUUUCAAUUACUUUGUGAGAGAGAGGAUGUUCUACCUGUGUAAAUGUGUGCUACCUGUAACCUAAAGUGAGUUUCAAAUUGAUUCUUCUUCCACCUCUGUGGCUGAGAAAAGGGAUUUGGAGAAAGAAACAAAAGGUCAGUUUAGCACUCAUUUCACAUUUGGUAAUGAACUAUAAUUGUUUUGAUACCUUAAAACAAACUUAAGUGCAGGUGCAGUGUUUCUUUUUGUUUCAAACUAAAAGGAAACUCAGUCCCAAGAUAAAAGGUAGCCCUGCUUGAGCUGUUUUGGUUUCAACCUAAAAAUAAGAAUUGAAUAAGCAUUUGCAUGCUUAGGUGUGUAUAUUGCCUGUUCUGUUAAUGCAGCAAAAAUAACCUGGUCUUCCUUGAUUUGGAUCCAGAUCAAUUCUGACAUUGAAGUGAGAGUCUAUUUCGGUCACUUGAUAUAUUGUGGCUUCAAAAAGUGUUUAAUGAUCCUUCCCAACCCCUAAUAAACUCAAGUUUAAAAAAAUUAACAAUAGCUUUUGACUUAGUUACGAACUUGGUGAUCACAAAUGGAAAGACAACAAAUGGAUGAAGUCAUUGAGAAAUUUCGGCCUUUGUAAGGCCAAAGUCAGUAGAUCUCUAAUAUAACAUACUAUCUCCUAUUCUGACCAUUGCAGCUAUUAUAGUUCUCUGAAUAUCUGAAGAUAAGUGCACAAUAUGUGAAGUGAUAAUUCUGCGAAUUUAAAUUGGUUCUUUCUCUUGCAAUCUCAUAGUACUUCACAUCUGUAUCUUAAUUUUUUGAGAUUAUGACUGGUUUUAUAUUUUCAUGCACCUUAGUGGAACAUGUAUUAUUCUUGUAACCCGCACUGAAAUUGUGAUUAUUGUUGAAUUUGCUAUGUGCAGAAAACUUUCCGGACCUCUAAUGUAGUUCGGGCCACUGUUAUAUCAUUUAUGGUCUGUAUCACUGAUUAUUUUUUUUUCUGCUUUUUAAAAAGUUUGAAUCGUCCCAAUUCAGCCAAUAUAAAUUCACUGGUCAAAAAUGGCAUGUUAAAUUCACUAAUCUUGAUUUACGAAACAUUGAAAUGGACAACUUGUGCAAUGGCAGUAUGCUUAUUGAGUUUGUAAUUAAGCUGCACAAGACCUUUGUGUUACAGCAGAGCAGGGAUAGGCAACAAUUGUGAAGAUUUGUGUAAAAUCUCUGAAUCAGAACACAAUGCCACACUUUCUCUAGAGAAUUCUUUGCCAAAAUCUGUUAAAACUAUGUGAUUAGUAUGGAAUUAUGUUAGAAAUCUUCCCAUCCAUCUCUUUGCUGAUUGCAGUAAUGUCCUUCCCUCCCAAAGGAGAAACUUUGGCUUACUAUAUUAAGGGUUCGUUGUUUUGAUGCACAGUGAAACACACAAUUCCAUAUUGUUCAAUGGGGUAAAGGAGAGAGAAUUAAUGAAAGCUUUAUCACUGGUUCUAGCCAUGCCAUUUUGGUUGAAUCUCUACAGUUGGAGGACUGUUAGGGUACAAGUCUUUCUUUUGUUUAUCCUUUUUAUUAUAAAGCACUUUAGGUUAAUUAAUCUGCAAUUGUGUUCUGUUGCACUCUUUACUGAGAGGAGUAUUUGUUUCUGUUCCAAAAAUGUUGUAAAUAUAUUUUACUUUAAUUGCAAUUGUUACUUUUGAAAACUUUGUGUGUUUAUGAAGAGUAGAGACUGUCCAUGUCAGAGCUUAAAUACCAGCAUAGAUGACACAAGUACUUUGGGGAGCUCUGAUUAUCUCCUUGGAAAGUGUUAGUUCUUUUCAUAUGGCUGGCCUUUUUAGUCACUUUUGUACACUUUGUUAGUGGCACUUUGCUCUUUAUUAGGCUCUAUGCAAACUAGGGAGUCAGACCACUUGUAAAACCAUUUAACUGGAUAUGUGAUGCAGAAGCAAUUUCUCUUUAGAAAUACAUAUAUUAUAAAUUUAUGCAUAGUGAGCUCAUUUGAAGUCCAUUUUUAAAUCAAUUGCACAUGCCAACUGGUGAUUCCAAUCAAAAUUCUCUCAAUUCUCUCUCAACUUGUGCUGGCAAACUAGCAGUAAAUUGAGCUGAAACUUUUAUGCACUGGUCUUCAGGUAGAUUUUAUUACUGAACAGAUUUAUAGUUUGGAGAAUAUCUCUUCCAGUCCCCCAGUAUAGUAGAAGGCUGUGCAUACACAUGUGGAUGUGUCCACUGUUUCCCUUGCUGACUUAAAAGCUAUAUUUUCUGACUAAUGAGAAUGCUCCACAUUUACUUGGAUUUAUUUUUACUGCCUCUGACAUAAUGUGGAAAGUUAUGGCUGUGAUGUAUGUAGCAUCGGGAUACUUUUUUGUCACAUCACCUGGAUUCAUUGAAUCUUGAAGUGGACUUAGGAACUGUUUGAAAUAAAUAGUUUCAGGGGUGAGUACUAACAUCAGUGACAAUUCUGGAGAAGUGAACCAGUGUAAAGACAUGUAAUAUAGCUUUUAUUCUUGGUAAUAUCGUUUUGUCUUGUCCCUCUGCCUUGGUAAGGGACAACUGACUUUGAUUUUUCCCCUUCCUGAUCUCUGCUUAAAACAGCAGUGCAGCUACCUCGACAUGGGAAGUGACUUCCCUCCCUGUGGUAAGAUUGCUUUUAUUGCAUUAAUCUUCAUACUUCUAUACUUGCCCCAGCUUUCCUUUUUUGUUUUUUGAGUGGGAUAAGCUGCUUUGAUGCAGUGGGUGAACCUGCCAAUACUAUUGGAGCUAAAUUGAUGUGGGUGCCCACAUGUAUUUAGACUUUAAUUCUAUUUUAGUGCUGGACAGUUUAAAACAUCUUAUGAAGCAAGAAUAAAUGUUUACUAGGAAUAGACAAUAAUCACCUGGUCUUGCUACAAUGUAUUAUCCUGAAGAAUUGAUUUUAAUUGAAAAAAAAUUGAGUACUUAACCUUGAUCUGUCAUAAGUGGUUGCGUCUUAAAAGUACAAUGAUCUAUUAUGGUGAUAGUAAAAUAAGCCCUUUGCUACAUACCUUUGUAACAUGUGUGCUGCACACUGACUUGUUUGUCCAGUCAUUAGUUGAGUCAGCACAAUGCAUGUUUGGAUUAGUGCGUUUUGACUAUAUACACAUCUUCAGAGCUGAACACACUUAACCUUAGUGUGGGAAGGAAAAAUAAUUCUCUGCUGACUUUUCUGUAAUAUUCAACAGGCCUUACAUAAUGAAGCCAAGGUUGGGAUAGGGAUACUGGAGAUCAAACAUUGCAGUAUGCACUGCAUCAAUGGAUCUAUUUAAAUGCAUACCUACACAGGAUUAUCUUCAUUCCUGAAUGAUAAUAUGAAAGAGAAAAAUUACAGUUGCUUCCAAAGGAAGAGAAUGUCUCCAAAACCCAAAGAGUGAGGAAUAACAAUGGAUUUGUAUUUUUGAAGAAUGUAAGUGUGAGGAAAAAAAUGCUGUUUGCUGAAUUGCUUGUUUUUGUAUAAAAUUAAUAUUGUACUUUGGUUUGAAAUAUCUGCUAAUGUGGAAAAUUAACCUUUUUGAAAACUGAGCAAUAUGAUGCAUAAGAGCCUAAUUAAUAAAAUACUGACUUAUGAACUGGA